UGAGAAAGCAGGACGCAAAUGUUGGGGUUGGGAUAUCACAAAUGUUUUCGAUGCCUGAGGCCUUCUCGGCGCGGAAGCUGCCGCGCCGACGAUGAUGGAAGGUGCGCCGCGCGUGUUUGGAGCCUCACGGGCACUUGCUACUGAGCUCGCAUGCACGAGCUCCAUCACUCACAUCGCAUCGCAUCUAUCAACCUUUCACCACUCUCCCGUCGACUGCUGAUCAGCUUGCGCGCUACUGUAAAGUAGCAGUCACUACGACCGAUACCAACACACCCGCCACAUCAGCACCAUGUCGGACCCAGAGAGAGAUCAUGCGCUGGAGGAAUACAAGAACAGACUUCUCGAAUCGAGGGAGUGGGAGGCGAAGCUCAAGGCGCUACGAUUAGAAAUCAAAGGCCUACAACGAGAUUUCGAUGUAUCGGAGGAGAACAUCAAGGCACUGCAGAGUGUUGGUCAGAUCAUCGGCGAAGUGCUGAAACAGCUUGAUGAGGAGCGCUUCAUCGUCAAAGCAUCAUCAGGGCCUCGAUAUGUUGUCGGAUGCAGAUCAAAAGUCGACAAGGUGAAGUUGAAGCAGGGUACACGCGUUGCGCUGGACAUGACCACUCUCACAAUCAUGCGCAUGCUUCCCCGGGAGGUCGAUCCGUUGGUGUACAACAUGUCGCUCGAGGAUCCAGGACAGGUAUCAUUUGCGGGUAUCGGUGGGCUGAACGACCAGAUCAGAGAGCUGCGAGAAGUCAUCGAGCUACCACUGAAGAAUCCGGAGCUCUUCUUGCGGGUUGGCAUCAAGCCGCCGAAGGGCGUGCUGCUGUACGGUCCUCCCGGAACUGGCAAGACACUCCUCGCGCGUGCUGUUGCCAGCUCGCUCGAGACGAAUUUCCUCAAAGUCGUUUCGUCCGCCAUCGUCGAUAAAUACAUCGGAGAAUCCGCCCGCCUCAUUCGCGAAAUGUUCGGUUAUGCCAAAGAACACGAGCCCUGUAUCAUUUUCAUGGACGAAAUCGAUGCUAUUGGUGGGCGGCGAUUCAGCGAGGGAACCAGUGCCGAUCGUGAGAUUCAGCGUACAUUGAUGGAGUUACUCAACCAGCUUGAUGGAUUCGACUAUUUGGGAAAGACAAAGAUCAUCAUGGCGACCAACAGGCCAGAUACCCUCGAUCCAGCGCUUCUACGUGCUGGUCGGUUGGACAGGAAGAUUGAGAUCCCACUGCCGAACGAGGCUGGACGAUUGGAGGUGCUCAAAAUUCAUGCUUCAAGCGUGCAGAAGGAGGGAGAGAUCGACUUCGAAUCAGUGGUGAAGAUGAGCGACGGGCUCAACGGAGCAGAUUUGAGGAACGUGGUGACAGAGGCUGGGCUAUUCGCCAUUAAGGAUUACAGGGAAUCCGUGAACCAGGACGAUUUCAACAAAGCAGUACGAAAGGUCGCCGAGAGCAAGAAGCUAGAAGGCAAGCUGGAGUACCAGAAGUUGUAAAGGCAUUGAAGAACAUAGUGAUGACUCUGCAUAAUCUGUCAUUGAGCAUGGCGUUACGAGGACAAGGCCGAGCAAUGAUAGAGCGCUUCGCGAGACCACUGUACUAUAUCAAGGAGUAGUUGGAAUGCUACCACCAUUCACACAGCAUUCUAUACCCGCGCGGCGUAUUUCACCCAACGAGAUGUACCAGAGCAGGAGCAGUGCUACAAGACUGACGAAAAUCAGUAGUGUCUCGGUUCGUCACACACC